AUGGGUCAUCCGGCAAGAGAACGGAUUCUACAACUACAAACUGCUGUGUCCGCUGACCUAAACUAUGAAGUCUGGUCGGCGAUGAUGAAAACCACCCUAACGGAGGAAGGACUCUGGGAUGUUGUUCAAAACGGAGUCCCGCCGGAUCCGUCGAAGAAGCCGGCGACUCUCCAAGUCGAAGAGCUUUGCAGAUGGAGAGAGAUCGUGAGAAGAGACAUGAAAGCGCUCCAGAUAUUGCAGUCUGGUCUCACAGAGUCUGUUUUCAGGGAGACUCUCUCUGCUUCUUCGGCCAAGGAACUUUGGGAGAUGCUAGAACAAGUGCCUAACCAUUAUUGGUAUGCCGCGUGCGUUGGUGAUUGGAGUACAUAUGAUGAGACUAUGUGGAUGAUAUACAACAACGACAUCACCUCGAACCAUAUGACUCCACUCGAGAAGAACUUCACCACUUUGGACAGAACACGGAGAGCCAGGGUUAGGUUCGUCGACGGAAGUACCAGAAUGGCACUGGGAACAGGAGAUGUCAGGAUCUUGACAAAGGAAGGGUUUACGGUGACGAUCAAGGAUGUGCUUUUGGUUCCAGGGAUUGUGACAAACGCGUUAAGUGUUGGUCAGCUGAGUAAGAGCGGCUUUGAUAUUGUAAUGGGAAAAGAGUAUUGCAGUAUUCGUGAUAACAAUCUAGGGACAACGUUUGGUCAAACCAAGAUUGAUAAAGAGAGAAGGUUGUUCCUGCGUUUAAAGGUUGUUGUUUGA